AAAAAAAAAAAAAAAAACGGACUUUUAACUUCCGUAUGCAGCUUCGAUCUUCUUCCUCUUCUUCUUCUCCGCCGGACGCCGUGCUCUCGAAUUCCGAUCUCGAUUCGACGGAUUCCGAUCGCACGAGCCGCCGGUGAAGAAGGGAGGGUCCGAUCGGAGGGGGAUCGAUUCGCGGCCGAUCGCCCGGCGAUGGACAGCAGGAGACCGGGAGUGAUGAAGGUGAGGCUCGACGGCUCGGCUCUCGGCAGGAAGAUGGAGAGCUCGUCGAGCCGCGAUUCCGUCGCCCCGAAGCACAGACCCGCGUCGGCCGUGGUGAAAACCGAGGUGAAGUCGAAGGCGAUGCCGAGCUCGUCGAAGACCGUGGCGAGAACGACGACGACGACGACGACGGCUACUAAAGUGAGGGAGAAGAAAGUGUUCAAUUUGCCUGGCCAGAAACACGAUCCUCCUGAAGAGAGAGAGCCCUUGAGGAUAUUUUACGAGUCGUUAUCCAAGCAAAUCCCAACUAGCGAAAUGGCAGAGUUCUGGAUGAUGGAACAUGGCUUGUUGUCCCCUGAAAGAGCAAAAAGAGCAUAUGAGAAGAAACAGAAGAAGCAAAAGCAAAUGCGCACAGGAACCCCUGUUAAGUCAUCAUAUACACCUAGCAAACCCGAGAGUUCACAGAAACAGCAAGCCUCAAAAAAUGGCGACUUAAGGGCCAACAAAAGAAUCAUCCAGGACAGCAAUGACAAUCUAAGUCAUAAGAGAAGGAAAGUGUAGGAGAUACCAUAAAAUGAUUAUUUAGACAUUGCUUCAUUUACUUUUAAGAACAUUGCACUGCAAGGCAAGGGUAGUGAAGCAAUCAAUGUUGCGAGAAAAAAUACAUUCUUUGUCAACUUAUGAGGACAAUAAACAAUAAAAUGAAAACUUGGAUACGACCAGGAAUUUCCUGUGAUUGGAUGCUAUAACUGUUGACAGGGAAAUUAUAACUCUCAGGCAAAUUUGUGA